AUGAAUUUAAUAUUCAUAUAAUAUUGCUUAGCUCAAACAUGUCAAAAAUCUUAAAUAUUUGAUGCUCUAUAAAAAGCUUGUCUUAGUUGUUCACUAGAUUGUGAAAAUUGCUUUAAUUUAAGCCAAUAAUCAUGCAUUGGCUGCGUAAAAAACUCUUACAUGAGUUAUGAUGAUGUUUCUACUUGUUAAAAUUAAUGUCAAAAAAAUGAAGUUAUUGAUAGCGAAGGCAAUAGAUGCAUUAAAUGCAAGGUCUAUGGAUGCAUUUAGUGCACAUCAUAAUAAAUUUGUCUGGUCUGCGAUGAGAAUUUAGUGCUUGAUAAAAAUAAAAAUUAGUGCAAUGCUAAAAAAGGGAUUUGCGAAUCUGAUUUAUAAUUUCUUAAUCCACCUUUCGAAAGUAGAAAAUGUACGAAUACCUGUCAAUAAUCUUAUUAAUAGAAUUACAGUAGCUAAAUUUGUGAAUUUACUUAGUAAUGCCCAUAAAUUCAGUAAUUAUCUAGCUCUGUUAUGAAUACUUUUGUGAAUGAUAUUGCAAUCUUUAAAGAGAAUCAAUACAUUGCUGUAAGUGUGGCGGCUUGUAGCUUCGCUGUUGUGGAUAAAAACUGGAAUAUAAUAACUAAAUAAACUUUACAAGAAAUAAACACAUUUGGAUUCUUUAAUAGAUAAGAUGAGACCUAAAUAUAGUAUUUUUUAUCAGGAGUUUAUGGCGGAUAUCUUCAGGGAUAAAGGUUUAAUGUUAUGAAUUUUGAGACUCUGCAAGUAGAAUUCGAUGAAAAAAAUUUAGAAUAAUAGCAUAAAAUUAAAUAUGUAGAUGAUUUUUAUAAGCUCGUUUUCAUGACAGAUAGUUAAGCGUCUGCUUUAAUUUGGUAUGACAUAGAAAGGAAAAAAAUAAAUUCUAUCUAACUAUCAAUCAACCAUUUUAUUCUAUUAAAAAUAUUAAAGAGAUAUUAUAUUCAGUCUAAAGAUGUUAAUAUGUUAUUUAUAGGGACAUUUCAAUAGGACUUUUCUAUAUCACUUAUACAGUCAAAAAAAUGUUUCAGUGAUAUUCCUGAUAAUAUAUUAUGGAGAACUCAUUGA